AACGUGACAAAGUUCAAGGUCAUGGCGAUUUCAUGAAUCUAACUGCUGGAAGCAUUGGAGAUAAUGAGGAUCCUGACUCAGCCAGAGAACGGAGGAGGAAAGAAAAAGAAAAUGACAGGAAACGGAGAGAAGAAGCUGAAGAAAGACGAAAGAGGGAGCAGGAGAGAAAGAAUAAGGGCUUGACUGCAUCAGAAGACAAAAUAGACCAACUUGGCCUUGUAAAUGCCACACAGACUUCACAUGGUGUUCGUCCGGGAUCUGCCUCUAUUCAGAGUGAUGGAUACAACAAACAUGGCUAUGAUAGGGAAGGUUAUGACAGAGAUG